GCCGCUACCCGAAAUGUGAGGAGUGGACACUGAGAUCAGUGGUUGAAGCCAGUUACUGCUAUCGUUUCAGCUUAAUGAUGGCAACUAUUGAACGAGGUUUUUUUAUAACAUAAUAAAUGGAGCGAAGAUGGUCGAGCCGAUUUUUGAGUACCAGUUCCGGCUAAUCCUUAUUGGUGACAGCACAGUUGGAAAGAGCACGCUUCUCAGGUCUUUUACAGACGGCAAGUUUACUGACAUUUCUGACCCCACUGUUGGUGUCGAUUUCUUUGCACGACUAAUCGAAGUUAAGCAAGACGUCAGAGUGAAGCUGCAACUAUGGGACACGGCGGGUCAGGAACGCUUUCGCUCGAUCACAAGGUCCUAUUACCGCAACUCAGUUGGAGCAUUAUUGCUGUACGACAUAACAAGACGGUCGACGUUCGAGCAUUUAGUGGACUGGCUGUUUGAAGUGAAGAGACACAUCGAACCUCAGAAGGUUAUCUACCAGGUUGUGGCUUGUAAGGCCGAUAUGGAGUCAGCACGCGAGGUAAGCACGGAGGAAGGGGCGGCAUUUGCCGAAUUCUACGGAGUGCGCUUCCUGGAAACUUCGGCAAAGACGGGCUACAAUGUGGAAGAGACUUUCGAGACGAUAGCUUGCGACAUCUAUGCCAAGCUAGAGUCUGGGGAGUUCCGGCUGGAGGACGGCUGGGACGGCAUCAAGGCCGGCUUUGCACGGCCUAGUCUACAGCUGCACACGGAUAUUCCAGAAGCAAAAGCCGAGACUGCGAGUUGCUGUUAAGAUUCCAAAAUAUCCCAUUCAGUAGCAAACGGAUACGAACGAAGUACAGUCCCUGCUAGGUGUGCGUAGAUCACUGCUUCGUGAACGUAGCAUUAUCGUAGAAAUGUGUUGCAUGCUGUGCGGAUGAGGCAAAAAACCGAACAACCCACGUGCCGGUGUCCUUGCAUUCCACGCUGAUGCUGUAAAUUUGCUUGAAAAGGGAAUGCGUAUACGGUCGAAGGGAGAGAAUGUCCCGUCCUAUGUAAAGUGUAUCUCGCAGGUGUUACUUAAGGAUGGAGAAAAAUGGAAAGCCUACGUUGCUUACAACAUCUUGAAUUUUUAAAUGACAGCUCAUCAUUUGAGCCAUGGUGUUGCGAGCGUAUGGAUGCUUUCGUUCGUUGGUAUUGACGACCCUCCUCGAAGGGUGACCAUUCUUAGUUCUUGGCCAUAGUGAAUGCAGUUGGAGACUCCUGCUUCUAAAGUGUGAUGUAGAGAGCUGAGCUUUGCUAGUAUGCAUAGGACUUUAUACACAUCUCAUAGAAGACUCUUUAUGUGGAUUCACAAGCAGACAUGCACAUAGUGCUUCAUUCUCUGUCACAUUAUUCAGCAGAGGUAGUAUUGCCACUGGCCAGACUGCAUGUAUCCUUAUCAGACACAGUUCCGCUUGUCAUUCGAGUGCCUGCAUCCGUUGCUUGACUUUCAGCUACUAAGAACCACGAGAAACACUGCAUUUUUAUAUUGAAAGAAUUUUCGUACAAUCAUGAAUUUCAUACUUGGGGGUUCCUUUUUAACCCUUUAAUCAUGUGUGAUGAGCUGAGCUUGCCACGAGUCAUCUGCCAUGUUGCAGUUUAUAAUGAGCGCACCUCGUCAUGCAUCUUUCGGUGCCGUUCGUACGGUACGUUUGGUGUAUGACGAUGUCAGCUCGUUACGUAACGUCACGUAAGGCCAUUCAAAGUUUAGAACCAUAAACAAAUUAAACCAUUUGGGUAUAAUUUAUGCCUGAAGACAGGAAGCGUUAAGCUGUGAGGUGAAAAAUGUACAGUUAACUUUGGAAGAUCUUAGGUGGGCAGCCUCGUGACCUCGAGAUCUAGGAAGAUCUUAGGUGUACCUCAAAGUGAAUACUUUACCAAAGGGAACAUAGCCUAAGCGUACUGUUGGGGCAUGUUUAUCAACACACAUAGUACAAUGUGGCACCAUGGGUAGAAGGUUAUAGCGUGAUUAUGUUUAUCAUUUUGUUGUUAAUGCUUCGUACACAAAGCACUGAUACUUGAGUUAUAAAGGUGCAAUAAUUAAUUAAUUACGGUAAAGUCAGAAACAGUACAGAAAAAUGAACAUGCCAUGUGACGUUCAUAAGAAGCCUAAGCUUAGCCUCACUUUAUGAAAACUACCCUGACAGGUUAAGUUAGGUCAGGUUAACUCUAUGAUAACUUUAGUCAUAAUGGAUAGUGUGAUACUGUGCUUGUCACGUCCCCAGUGCCACUGAUAGUUGCUUGGGCUUGCAAUGGUGCUUCUGCUGCUGCCCGCAUAUUAUCAUUUACUCUCUAGUUUCGUCAUCCGAUAGAAAAAUAAUGCUUCUCAUUUUGUAGCAUGUCAUAUUGUAACAUAAUUUAGUCUCCCAUUCACUUAUGGUUCCAUUCUGUUUGAAAUCAAUCUGUCUUUAAUUGUACUUUGUCCCUUCAAUGCGGAGUCUUUUCACAAAAAAAAAAGCACUUUCUUCACUUUUUGUCAUAGCAGUUUUGUGUACAUUUGUAAGAAUAUAAUUUAUGUAUGGUGUGUUUUAAAUUUCUUUAAGAGACUAUAAAGUUUUAUUCUGCUCA